CACGUGACACUAACCCGCAUCACAUGACGGCUGUACUUUAAAGCGGCGCUGUUUAUGCUGUAACUUGACUCGGGUGUGUUUCUUUUCUCACGAUGGAGGGCCGGUGGAUAUUUUUGGGGUUUAUUCUAACUGUACUGUGUGUGCAUCAUGUUUCUGCGUUAUCUACGAGCUGGAAGCCAAGCAGAGGAAGAGAGAGAUUAGGGGCUGAUCCUCAGUUUCAGGAGAAGUUCUUCACUCAGAUUUUGGACCACUUCAAUUACAACAGCUGGGGCAAUGGGACAUACUCACAGCGCUACCUGAUCACAGAUCAGUAUUGGAGGAAAGGCCAUGGCCCUGUGUUCUUCUACACUGGGAAUGAAGGGGACGUGUGGGACUUUGCCCUGAACUCUGGGUUUAUAGGGGAGCUUGCAGCUAAGCAGGAGGCGCUGGUCAUAUUCGCUGAGCAUAGAUAUUAUGGGAACUCUCUACCCUUUGGCAAAGAGUCUUUCAACACUGAAAACGUCGGGCUCUUGACGGUGGAGCAGGCUUUGGCCGACUAUGCGGUCAUGAUCACAGAGCUAAAGGAGGAACUGGGAGCUCAGAAAUGCCCCGUCAUUGUUUUUGGCGGAAGUUAUGGUGGCAUGUUGAGUGUGUACAUGAGAAUACGGUACCCCAACAUUGUAGCUGGGGCUCUAGCUGCUAGUGCUCCGAUCUUAUCUACGGCAGGACUGGGUGACUCCAGGCAGUUCUUCCGAGAUGUUACAGCUGACUUUGAGAAUUAUAAGCCAGCCUGUAAGGAUGCCGUGAAAGCAGCUUUCCAGGAGCUUCAGACUUUGGCACAACAGCAAGACUAUGCCCGUAUCCAGUCAGCUUUCUCGCUGUGUAAAACUCCGUCCUCGAAUAAGGACAUCCACCAGCUGAACGGUUUCCUGCGCAAUGCCUUUACUUUAAUGGCCAUGAUGGACUACCCUUACAACACCAGCUUCAUGUCAAAAAUGCCUCCUUUCCCUGUUCGGGUGGCGUGUGAGGUGAUGCUGAAUGGAACUGAUGUGCUGUCUGCACUUAGAGACACCGUGGGUAUUGUGUAUAACUCUACAGGGACGCAGGCAUGCUUUGACCUUUACUCGCUGUAUGUGGAGUGUGCAGAUCCGACAGGCUGUGGCCUCGGCCUCAACAGCUACGCAUGGGACUACCAGGCGUGCACGGAGAUCGAGAUGUGCUUCGAGAGCAACAACGUGACGGACAUGUUUCCCCCCAUGCCCUUUACACAGAGCAUGAGAGAGGUAUACUGCGCCAAGAGGUGGGCAGUGCUGCCACGGCCAGGCUGGCUCAAAACCCAGUAUUGGGGUGAUGCUCUUUCAACAGCCAGCAAUAUCAUCUUCUCUAACGGUGAUCUCGACCCCUGGGCUAACGGAGGGAUCAGAAAGUCACUUAGUGAGUCUUUAAUUGCAAUCAACAUAGCAGAUGGAGCACAUCAUCUGGAUUUAAGGGCUUCUAACAAAUAUGAUCCUGCAUCAGUGAUAAAGGCGCGGCAGCAGGAGGCCACCAUCAUCGCACAGUGGGUCAAAGCUGCAAGAGAAAAGAUUCUCUGAAUAGCUUUUCAAUGGUGCGGUUUGUACAUUUUAAAGCUCCACAUAUAUAGUAAUCAAAUAAUUUCAGCAGUACCUUCGAAACACUGAUUCACAGUGUUGCUAUGCAAUGAGGCACGCUAUUCUCUUCACUUCAAACGUCUUUCUUUCCGGCCCUGACAUCAGCUCUGCUCCCCAGUCAGAACAGUUGCUCAGUUUUGGCCUUGUCCAUAAAUAAGGCAACUUCUGAGGCAUAUGUAGUUUUCUCAGAGCAGGUGGAAUGUUUCAGGAGAAAGGGAAAACUUGUCUAUUGUCAUUGCCGUGAAAUUCACCGCAAUUCAUCAAACUCCUUUAAAGUUUACUUGUAAUUAUUGCUGCUUGUUAUUUUUUAAUGAUGCAAGAUUAAAAUAAUUUUCACAAACUCCA